ACUGGCUCCGCGCCCUUCCCGCCUCCUCCGGGUGCCGGGUGUCGGGUCCGUUGGUCCUCGGGAGAUGCCGCUGCCGCCCGCGGUUAGAGUUGCGGAGCACGCCGCUGCGAGUCCGCGCACUCCUCCGCCCUAGCACCACGGUCUCGGAAGACGCACCGGAGCCCGGCCAUGCAGCUGGAAGCGGCGCUGCAGGCGGUGCUGCUGGCAGUGCUGCUGGCGGGCCCCCCGGGCGCGACGGGUCGCCUGCUAAGCGGGCAGCCGGUCUGUCGCGAAGGAACACGGCCCUGUUAUGAAGUCAUUUACUUCCAGGAGUCUUCUCGAAGACUGAACUUUGAGGAAGCCAGAGCAGCCUGCGGGAGGGAUGGGGGCCAGCUCGUCAGCAUCGAGUCUGAAGAUGAACAGAGACUGAUAGAAAAGUUCAUUGAAAACCUCCAUGCUUCGGAUGGCGAUUUCUGGAUUGGGCUCAGGAGGUGGGAAGAGAAACAGAGCAACAGCACUGCCUGCCAGGACCUUUACGCCUGGACCGAUGGCAGCACAGCGACAUUUAGGAACUGGUAUGCGGAUGAGCCUUCCUGUGGCAGCGAGGUCUGCGUGGUCAUGUACCAUCAGCCAUCAGCACCCGCGGGCAUCGGGGGCCGCUACAUGUUCCAGUGGAACGACGAUCGAUGCACCAUGAAGAACAAUUUCAUCUGCAAAUAUGAGGAGAAACCAACAGCUCCUCCUACAAGGCCUGGAGGUGAAGGAACAGAGCCAGCAACACCCAGACUUCCAGAAGACACAGAGAAAGAAGAGGCCACAGGAACAUUGAAAGAAAGCAGUGAAGCUGCCUUGAAUCUUGCCUACAUCCUAAUCCCCAGCAUCCCGCUUCUCCUCCUUCUUGUGGUCAGCACAGGUGUAUGUUGGGUUUGGAUCUGUAGAAGGAGGAAACGGGAGCAGCGGGAACCCAGCCCCAAGGAGCAGCGCCCCACCUGGCCCGCCCCUCCCCACGGGGACAGCCGGAACCUAGAGGUUUACGAGGUGAUUCGAAAGCAGAGCGAGGCCGAUCUAGCCGAACCCCGGCCGGACCUGAAGAACUUUUCAUUCCGAGCGCGCUCGGGAGAGGCCACUCCCGAUGCGGACGCUGUGUCUUGUGACUAUGACAAUGUGGCUGUGAACCCCUCCGAAAGCGGGUUCGUGACGCUGGGGAGCCUGGAAAGCGGCUUUGUGACCAACGACCUUUACGAGUGCUCCCCGGACCGAGCCGGGAGGAGCAAGGAGGCCGGGUGGGUGGAGAAUGAGAUAUAUGGUUAUUAGGAUGCAGGGACAAAACUGGCAAAGAAGAGGGAAGCAAAUGUGUCCCGUUUCCUAGAAGAAAAGCAGGUCUAUGAAAGGGCUCAGAGCAGGUCCUGGACGCCAGCGUGAGAUCGCCGCGGCCCCUGGUGGAGCCCCAUUCUGGGCUGUAUUCCUUCGCCCGGCCCCUCACCCAGCCGGAACUUCCAAGAAAGCGCCUUGCCCAGAGUCUAGCGCAGAGCAGAAAAUAAAUACCUGGUUGUUA